CAUUGUUGUAGCGGCCGGAGGGGCGGUGAGAGGGACCAAGGGGAGCAGCACGUUGUGUGUACAAACCAUUUACCACGCUGACUCAGAAUGUGCAGAUUUCAGCAGUUUAGACUGCUUCUCUGGAAGAACUAUCUCUUGCAGAAACGCCAGGUUUUGAUCAGCAUCAUUGAAAUCGGACUUCCACUUCUAUUUGCCUCCAUCCUUAUUGGUCUGAGACAGCAGGUUGUCAGCGAGGAGCAUCCCUUUCCCACUGUGUAUCCCAGUUUUUUCAUUGAUAAACUUCCAAACAUUCGCCAUUCCUAUAAAGCUAAAUGGAGCUUUGUCUACGUCCCAUCCAAUGUGUCUGCAGUCCAUCACAUUGCAAAGAAGGUGGAAACUGUUCUCGCACCCAAAAUUAAAGCCUUGGGCUUUGAAACGGAAGCUGAAUUUAAUACUUAUAUGAAAGCAGAAAAUGUGUCAUCGCUGCUUGUGCUGGCAGCUCUGGUGUUCGAUCAUGACUUCAAGGAGAAAGACGAACCUUUACCAAAGCAGGUGAAAUACCACCUGAGGUUUAAGUACCUUCCUCGCAAUGCACCGUCCACGCAACAGAGCCAGUUUAACCCAAACCGAGACACGGGCUGGCGCACACAGUUCCUUUUCCCGUUUCUCCCAUUGCCUGGGCCCCGGGAGCCGUACUUCAAGGAUGGGGGAACUCCAGGUUACUACCGCGAGGGGUUCCUGACACUGCAACACGUGGUGGACAGGGCCAUUAUCAAGUAUCACGCCAACUCCACCAGCCAGCGAAAGCUCGACAGUAUUACAGUGAAGUUGCUACGGUUCCCAUACCCACCGUAUACCCGGGACCUGUUCAUUGUGGUCAUCCAGAAACAGCUCUCGCUCAUGGUCCUGUUGAGCUUCUGCUACACCGCACUCAACAUUGCUCGAGCAAUUGUGAUGGAAAAAGAAAAGAAGCUGAAGGAGUACAUGAAAAUUAUGGGACUCAGCAGCUGGCUUCAUUGGCUCGCCUGGUUUGUCAAGUUUUUCGUACUCCUCCUCAUUUCAGUAUUUUGUAUGACUCUGAUGUUUUGCGUGAAGGUCAGCAAGCUGGGAGCAGUGCUGAAUUACAGUGACCCGACCCUAGUAUUCCUCUUUCUCAUGGUCUUUGCGAUCUCUACCAUUUCCUUCAGCUUCAUGGUCAGCGUGUUUUUCGUACGAGCCAACGUGGCAGCUGCUGUGGGUGGAAUCCUGUACUUCUUCUCCUACGUCCCCUAUUACUUCAUUGUGCCGCGAUACACACUGAUGACUCACGCCCAGAAAGUGGCGGUGUGCUUGAUUUCAAACAUCGGCAUGGCGAUGGGGACGCAACUCAUUGGGAUGUUUGAGGGCAAAGGUACUGGUAUUCAGUGGAGAAACAUCAAUCAGCCAUUUACUGUGGACGAUACCUUCACCAUGGCUCACGUGCUGGUGAUGCUGCUCUUUGACUCGUUCCUGUAUGGGCUGGUGACCUGGUAUGUAGAGGCUGUCUUCCCUGGAGAGUACGGAGUGCCUCAGGCUUGGUACUUUUUCAUAUUGCCCUCAUUCUGGUUAGGAAAGGUGAGACAGGUCAUGAUUGAUGAUGAAGAGGAAGAUGAUGAUCCUGAGAAAGCCCUAAAGACUGAGUUCAUGGAGGACGAGCCAGUGGGUCUUUUUCCCGGCAUCAAGAUCAAACACCUGAGUAAGGUGUUUAAAGCUGGGAACCAGAAGAAGUUAGUGGUGUCAGAUUUAACGCUGAACAUGUACGAGGGGCAGAUCACAGUGUUAUUGGGCCACAACGGAGCAGGAAAGACAACCACCCUAUUCAUGCUAACAGGCAUGUACCCUCCUACAAGUGGGCAAGCGUACAUAAGCGGGUACAACAUCUGCAAUGAUAUGCCACUGAUCCGAAGGAAUCUAGGAUUGUGUCCCCAGCACGAAGUCCUCUUUGACCUCCUGACUGUAGAGGAACACUUGUCGUUUUAUGCCCAUCUCAAAGGUCACCAGUCAAAGGAAAUCCCUGAGGAAAUCAACCGGAUUUUGUCAAUCCUGAACCUCGAAGAUAAACGUCAUUCCCAGACCAGCACUCUGUCAGGAGGCAUGAAACGGAAAGUCUCGGUUGGAAUUGCUCUCAUCGGUGAUUCAAAGGUUGUCAUGUUGGAUGAACCGACCUCGGGCAUGGACCCAGUCGCCCGCAGGGCCAUGUGGGACCUUCUGCAGCAUCAGAAAGUCUCCCGCACCAUCUUGUUAACAACUCACUACAUGGAUGAAGCGGAUGUCUUGGGCGAUCGCAUCGCCAUCAUGGCCAAAGGGGAGCUUCAGUGCUGUGGAUCUUCACUUUUUCUGAAAAAUAAGUAUGGGGCUGGGUACCAUAUGGUGAUUGCGAAGGAGCCUCUGUGCGAAGUCGAUGGCAUCACUAAACUCGUGACUAGCUUCGUGCCCAACGCGGUUCUGGAGAGCAACAUUGGCGCUGAGAUCUCAUACAUCCUCCCAAAGGAAAGCACCAACAGAUUUGAAGCCCUGUUUGCCGAGAUCGAAGAGAGGCAGAGAGAACUAGGAAUUGCCAGUUACGGAGCCUCUGUCACUACCAUGGAGGAGGUCUUCCUGAGGGUGGGGAAGCUGUCCGACUCCAGCAUCGAUAUCCAGGCUGUGCAGCUGCCCCCGCUCCAGUACCAACACGAGCGUCGCUCCAAUGACUGGACCUCAGACGACAAGACCAGUCUGAACGGCCUGAUCGACGGGGCGGACAACAGCAAACUCAUCGCUGAGUACUUCAGCGUCGUCAAACUCAACACUGGGGUCUCCCUGUUCUUCCAGCAGUUCCUCGCCAUGUUUAUGAAGCGGGCGCUCUUCAGCCUGCGGAACUGGAAGGUGGUUGUGGGGCAGUUCUUCGUGCCGCUUCUCUUCACGUUUUACGCUGUGAUCGUGACCAGGAAGUACCCUGAACCCCAAGACUCCCCGCCACUCAAUCUGACGCUGCAGAAGUACGGCCUAACAUUCGUUCCCUUCUCUGUGGCGGCUGGUUCUCGGGGACUAGCCAAGGGCCUGGGUCAGAGCUACGCAGAUCUGCUGCCUUCACAGAAAGGAAAACCAGUGAAUGUUUCAGGUGACCUUAUUCAGUUCUUGUGGAAAACCUCCGCCAAGCAGGGAGGUGAAUUCAAUGAACAAUACGUGGUGGCGGCAGCUUUCCAGAACACAAGGAAUCGCACCUUAGUGCACGCCCUGUUCAAUAACAAGGGCUUCCACACAGCCGGCACCUCCCUGAUGCUCGUAGACAACGCGAUCCUCAGACUCCUGGUGGGACCCGGUGCUUCAAUCAAUGUCGUCAACUUCCCCCAGUCUCGCAACAUCACUGAGAGGACAGUGGACCAGCUCACUGAGAGUCGCACCGGCUUCAUCAUCGCCUUCAACAUGAUGUACGGCAUGGCUUUCCUGGCCAGCACCUUCGCUCUCCUGCUGGUCACCGAGAGGACCAUCAAAGCAAAACACGUGCAGUUUGUCAGCGGAGUGAACACAGCCAACUUCUGGCUGUCGGCGUUCCUCUGGGACUUCAUCAACUUCCUCAUCCCGUCCGUCUUGAUCCUGCUUGUGUUUCAGGCCUUCAACGUGAAAGCGUUCGCUACGGGGAAGAGGCUAAUGGACGUGUUGCUGCUGCUCAUCCUCUACAGCUGGUCCAUCAUCCCCCUCAUGUACAUCCUCCAGUACUGUUUCAAUCUGGCAGCGACAGCUUACUCCAGGCUCACCAUGUUCAACAUCCUCUCCGGCACCUCCACCUUCAUAGCCAUCACGAUCAUGAAGAUCCCAGAGCUCGAGUUGGGGAACUUGACCAACAUCAUGGACAUGGUGUUUCUGGCUUUGCCCAAUUACUGCGUGGGACAGGCCAUGAGUGAAUUUUACCAAAACUUUGAAAUGAUCCAGAUCUGCACCAGCACCCCGCUUGCUGAGUUGCUUUGCCAGUCCUUAAACUUCACCUACCAGCUGGAUUACUUAUCCUGGGAGAAGCCUGGGAUUGGGCGUUUCCUUGCUGCUUUGGCCAUCCAGGGCAUCGGGUUGUUCAGCAUUCUCUUCCUCAUUGAGCUUAACUUCUUCCAAGUGUUGAAAAAUGUUUUCUGUUCGCUCUGUCAGAGAAGGACCCUGGUGAGUAGAAGGAAGUUUUGAAUUCACUACGUGCAACAACAGCAACUACCCCAAGACAGUGAUGUCCUGGACGAGCGAAAGAGGACAGAAGAAGUACCAGUCUCUGAACUGGACAGCCCCCUUCUAGUGAAGGAUCUCUGUAAGGUGUAUCAUAAAAAUGGGGUGUUGGUUGCAGUGGACAGAAUCUGCUUGGCUGUAAAUAAGGGUGAAUGUUUCGGGUUGCUUGGAUUCAACGGAGCCGGGAAGACGACCACAUUUAAGAUGCUGACGGGUGAUGUGGAGGUGACCUCAGGAGAUGCCUACAUAGAUGGGUACAGCAUCCUCAAAGAUCGAAGGAAGGUCCAACAGAGGAUUGGCUACUGCCCGCAGUUUGACGCUCUGCUGGACUACUUGACGGGCCGGGAGACGCUGUGGAUGUAUUCCAGGUUGCGAGGCAUCCCCGAGCGGUACAUCACAGCCUGCGUAGAGGACGUGUUGAGGGGCCUGCUCCUGGAGCCCCACGCCGACAAGCUGGUGAGAACCUACAGCGGUGGGAACAAACGGAAGCUGAGUGCCGGAGUGGCUCUGAUCGGUGGGCCCCCCGUCAUCUUCCUGGAUGAGCCGUCCACCGGGAUGGAUCCCAUUGCCAGGAGAUUGCUGUGGGGAGCAGUGACCCGGGCCCUGGAGUGCGGGAAAUCCGUUGUCAUCACAUCCCACAGUAUGGAGGAGUGCGAGGCGCUGUGCACCAGGGUGGCAAUCAUGGUGAACGGGCAGUUCAAAUGCCUAGGGAGCCCCCAGCACCUCAAGAAUAAAUUUGGCAGCGGCUACACACUGAUAGCCAAAGUGAAAGGAGACGGGGAGCCUCCCAGACUCGAACGUUUCAAGGAAUUCAUAGAAACCACAUUUGAAGGCAGUGAUUUAAAAGAUGAGCAUCAAGGACGACUGCACUACCAUCUAAACCGUAAAAAUCUGUCCUGGGCUCAGGUUUUUGGGAUCCUGGAAAGAGCCAAGGACAAAUAUUCCCUCGAGGAUUAUUCCAUCAGCCAGAUCUCACUUGAGCAGGUCUUCCUCAGCUUCGCUCAUUUCCAGCGCUUUACAGAGGAAGGAAAAAAAUAAGUGCCGGCCAC